AGGAGAUGUUCAGUUAUGGCGGAAGAAGAUGAAGCAGUUCUGGUUGAUUUUGAGGAAAUCCCUGAUGUUUCGUACGACCCAAGAAGCGAACUAUCAUCUUUUCCCCCAGAAGAUGAACAUACAACGUCCGGUGGGAAUUUUUCGUUCCUUCAUUCCUCUGGAAGGACUUCAGACGAACAGCAAAGAACUGUUCCAGAUCUGAUACUCGCCGUCUACGUCGUGCACUUUGAUACAAGACGAGGUAAUACGCACAGGUUUUUUUUUUUCCUCAGCACCCAACUAUGUUCAAAACUUUUCUAUUUUCGGAAUCUCAAAUGAUAAGGCAGAUUGUGAACAUAACACUUAAACAAGUUACUGAAUGUUAUCUCUGAUGUUGGUCAGUAGGGCAAAAACAUACAUAAAUUUAUUUUCCAGGCAGUUCAAAUUUCAUUAUCUUUUUCCAAUUUCCUCCUCCUAACGAUGCAUCUCAGCUACAUUUAGACGUGAUCUGGCUUUUUGAAACUAAGGUUUAAUUAAAAAAGCUUUCCUUGGUUUAAGCCACUUGACAUAUAUCAUCAAAGUUCUUUUUUAACGUGAGGUCAAUUCCUAGUAGUUCCUUUUUAAAGUGAGAAAGGGAUAAUUUCCCAUUUCCUUUCCCCUUCCCAAGGCCAGGAGCAAUAUCCAAUCAAUAGGUUUUUACUCUUUACUUCAGAGCUUGAGGUGUAAAGUGGUUGCCAUUUAAAUUCCCCUUUUUCAGGUUUUACUUCUUUUAGCAUGAGUAUACUUUGACAUGUAAGUAAUCUGAAAGACAUAAUGGCUCUGGGCUCAGUUGUUCAAGGACAGAUAUCACUAUCCAGUGGAUAAGUCGCUAUCCAGUAGAUAAAAGUUAACAAAAGGUUCUGUGCUAUCCACCAGAGGGUGAUUUAUCUAGUUAAUGGCAUUAAACACCCUUCAAACAACUGAGGCCUGUUCUUUUUCUUAUCUGUUAUUGAGUUUUUUCUCUAUUUUAGUGUCAAAUUGUAAAUGUUAUUAAGAGCAUUUACUCAGAAGCCCCGUGGUUUCUACCAGCCUUCCUUUCCAUUCUUAUUGUAUUGUUCAUAACACUUGCAAUUUCAUUUUUACUGCCAAUAAAGCUGGCAUAAAUGUAGCUUGAAUUUGUAAGACUUUGAAAAUGCUUUACGUCACAUUACCUAUCUCCUUCAUAAAACAUGAAACUGUCAGCAAUAGGAACCACAGGUGCCUCCUUUUCCUUGUGGUGCAUAGCUGUAUUUGAAAUUGUAAUCCACAAGUAAGAGCACAUCAAGUUUGUUACUGAGAUUCAGACAAAAUGUACACAUUUUACCUAGGAAAUGAAAUUGAAUGGAAACAUCCCAAAUCAGUGGAUCUAACUGGUGUGGAAUUCAAAGCUUUAGCCAGUGGUUCACAUACAAUAACAAGAGACUUUAUGUAAGUACUAAAGAGUAGGAUUCAUUUUAUUCUCUGUAUAUUCCAACUUCAAGAGGUAUUAAGAGUGGUUUUACUAAGGGAAAUAAGUACAUGAAACUGAACUUUCUUGCUUCAUUGCUUAACCCUUUAACUCCCAUGAGUGACCAAGACAGAAUUUCUCCUCACAAUAUUGAUACAAUAUGAAGCAAGCAAGUGAUGAGAAUUUUUUUUAUAAUGCAGUCUUGGCAUUCAACAACUUUUUUUAUGUCACAAAAUAAACUUAAAAAACUUUCUUGAACUUGACUCAAUAGGGGUGAUUUGGACAAUGAAAAUAUCAUUUUAUCAGUUAGUCCUUAUUGUUAAAUCCACUUGCAAACAUUUGUUUAAAGUUCUUAAGGCAAGCUAUCUUUUUCCUGUGAUAGAUACUUCAAAACCAAAGAUGGUCUCUAUGGGUUGAGUUGUUUUGAGCGUAUAGCUGUUGAUAAUGUGGCUGAGAGAGGAGCUAGAAUGAAAUCAGUAGGGAUUCUUUGUGCAAAGUACACAUCUCUACAUGAACACAUGCCAUUCCUCGAAGAGGAAGUAAGGUAGUGUGACCUUGUUUUUUGUAUCCCAAUCAACCCUUUAACUCCCAUGAGUCACUAAGACAGAAUUUCUCCUUACAAUAUCAAUACAAUACAAAGCUAGCAAGGGAUGAGAAUAAAGAAAAUUAUCAAUUGAAGGAUUAUUGGUAGAUCCAAUACCAAAUUCUUUAAUCUAAAAUCAUAAGAAUUGUAUGGCAGGCAGUAAAGAGGAUUACUUAUGAGAUCUUGGAAGUGAAAGGGUUAAUAAAACUGUAAGUAGGGUUAAUAAAACUGUAAGUAGGUUUUGAGAUAGAGAUGGGAUGAAAUGUUUUUCAAAAUUAAAAACCUUUUGUACCCAAGUGCAAUCCCUAUAUUGUCUCUAUGUUUUAAAUUACUGUAAUAUUGAACUCUCACUAAAAUCUAUUGGAUUUUGUUGUCUAAGGCCUGCUAUAUGUUGUGGUUCAAAUGUUACUUAUCUUGGUGUGAAAUUGUUAGAGUAGUUUCAUUUUGAUUUUCCUUUGUUUCGGCUUGUUACUGAAGAUUAUUAGUUUAAAGAAAUAAUUAAUACAAAUUUAAUUGGCUCAAAAAAAAUUGAAACCUUGAAUUUUAUAUCACUCUAAUUUUUAUCUUAAACCUUUGCAAGUACUUUUUAUAUAAUUUGCAGGAGGCAGCUUGAAAACCCUGGAAAUUAUGAGGAUCUUGAAAACUAUUACAAUUGCUAUAAGAACUGUGUGCUUAGAAAUAACUACAUUCCAUCUCCAACUCAUGAGAAGGCUCCUGGACUGGAGGAGAUACCAGUGUUAAAGGUAUUCCUAAAUUUAUUCCCAAAUUUGAAUUUUUUUUAAGGAGUUGUGUCACUGUGUGAUGAGUCAAUUAAAUCAGAGAAUUACUCCUAAAACAGAUUAAAAGCUUGAAGUGAUUUCUCACCUGAGAAAUCAAAAACCAAGGAUGACAUCAAAAAUCAAAAAUAAUAUUCCCAUUAAAAAAAAUUAAUAACUUGUGAUAUUUUAUUUUUUGAUUUACAUCAAGCAAGCUGUUGAAACUUUGGGGAAAAACUAUCUUCAAACAAAUUUCUCCUUGAAAUUUUUAUAGGCAAAUUAUAAUUUAAACAAAAUUACACUCAUAAUUUUGGGUUGGCUGAAACAAAGGCAUCUUAAAAGUUUGACAAAUUUUCUUGAAAUUGUUGAGGUGAGCUAAAUUUCAUCAUUUUACAAUGAAAAGUCCAGAAAUUCAGCAGGAUUGCUUAAUUUUGAACUUACUGGUAAAUAAGUAUUACUUAUGCACAAUACUGUAAGUAGUAACUUAAAGUGCAACAUAUCACCCCACACCAUGCAGCUGAAUGUCAUAUUCUGUGAACAAGAGUUCACUUUGACUCUAACUAUGAAAUAGUUACAAUCACCAGCUGAAGUGACCAUUGGCUUUUGACCUGUGCAGAAAAACUUUAAAUUGUUGUCUGAUGAUUUAAAUGAUUCCUUUUUACGCUUUUUUUGGUUAUCAGAUCACGCACCCAGCUGGAUGUUUCCCUCAGUUUAUCAAGUUCUUUGGAGAGCAAAUUUUUGUUCUCUGGAAAUUUGUGUUAUUACAGAAACGUAUUUUAUUCUUUGCACCUCCCCCUGUUGGAGUGGCUUGCUAUAGAGGUAAGGACCUAUCAUAUUGAAAAAAUGAAUUGUUAGGGAGUAAUCCCUUCCACUUCAUUUCAGGGAUUAUUCAGCAAUGAUUCCCUUCAGCUGUGGUAAAUUACAGUUGAAUACAAUUGUAUUUAAGAAAUGGUCAGCAUGCAGUGUACAACCAUCAGGUGGUGGAUGAGUGUGGGAGGUUGCCAAGCAUAAAAGAAGCUUAAGAGUCACACUUGGCUGUUGCCAUGUGGGACUCUUACACUUCUUUUGUGCUUGGCAAACCUCCCAAGUGCGUCCAUAACUCGCUGAUUGCAUGCUGCACUCUAACCAUUUCUUUUAUGACAUUGGGACUUGAAAACAUCUUUCAUUUCUUGUAGGAAAAAAAAAAGCAAAACAAACUGACGUCAGCAUGCAACCCAUGGGCAAAGGGAUCAAGCAUAUUAGCCAAUAGGAGCGCAUGCUUUUUUAAAGCUUUGUUACAAAUCAUUAUGUCAAACCAGCAAGACACUGUGCUCCAAGAUAUUAAGGUUAUAUAUGUGGGAGGAUUGAAAUACAUCAGUGUUGAACCUCAAUGUUUCUUGCAGGAAAAAUGCUUUCCACUUUAAAGAUGGUUUAAUGUCUGUUAGAAAUCUUUCAAUCACAUCUGCACUGCCCCAAUUCAUUUUGUAACAAGAGCCAGUCCCUCAUCUGCUAGCAAACUUAUUGCCAUCAUUACAUGCACUUUGUAAUGUGAUACUCUUCAUAGCUGCUUAUAUUGUAGCAUGCUACCAAUAAUUUUAAAGAAACCAACAUUUAUAACAUUGUUAUACUCAAAUCAUUUGAUAAACAAAAUUCUUUACCCAACAGUUUACAGUGCUUGUUUGUUGGCAAGUCAUGGGAUUCCAUUUGGUUUUGAAACUGGUAGCAACCCAUUAUUUUUUACAAAUGUUUGUGACUUGAGUGCACUACAUGAAGAACACAAAUAUAUUGCAUGUAAGUUUUAUUUUGUCAUAAAUAAUGCGCUUAAUUAAUGUUUUACUUGUGUAAGUUCACCUAUUUAUUAUUAUUGAAUUUUUAUUAUGGGCACAAGACUUGGGAAUAUUCUUUUAGUUGUCUUUAGUUUUAUAUCUGGAAAGGAAUACAUCCUAUAAAUUAAUAAUGGUCUAAAUAGAAACAUAUAUUUACAUAUAUUAAGCAUACCUGUUUUCAGUGAGAGCACUAUCAAUGUAUAGAUUAAUCAAGUAGAUCCUGAAUGUUUUAGCAUGGAACUUGUUGGUAUAAGUCAGUUUGUUGUUUAAAAAGCUCAGUGAUGAAGGUGACCUCAGAAAACAAAUUUAGUUGAGAGGCAGGGUGUAGGAGUUGACCUGGGAACUCCAAAUUCAUAAUCAAAUACUCUGAACUAUGGCACACCUUUCCAGUCAAUAUUCAAACUAUUUCAAUAUGUGUUGCAUUGCAAUAUGUGGUGCCAUUUUCUAUUCAUUUAUAAAUAAAGAACACAUUUAAAAACAAAGAGAAUGAAAACAAAAUCAAUUGGCUAAACACUUACAUAUAAAUCAAUAGGCACAUAAAUAAAAAAUAUGAAAGCCAAUUUAAAAAAAUAUAUGGAAAGGAAAUAGAAAAUAUGGUACAGAAAUAUUGAUAAUGCAUCACAUGUUAAAAUAAUUGAAUAUUGACUUGGAAGGGAAGCUGGAUCAAUAUCAGUAUCUGGGCAACUGCCCACCUACCCCUCCCCUAACUCAACAACAGUCAAUUGACAACAAAAGUUAAGGUUAAUGUUGGGUUAGGGGAGGGGUAGGUGGGCAGUUGCCCAGAUACUGAUAUUGAUCCGGGAAGCCAUACCAAACCACUGGUUUAUACUGCCCUUUGCUGAGCAGUGAAUCUUUGCCUGAGUUGGAUACGUUUUUCAGGGUAGCAAUAUUACAAGUUGGAAAAAUCUUUUAAAAAGCUGUCUUUAGAUGUUUGAAAGUUGAACAAGUGAUCCUCCACACCACUUAUUGCUUAGUUAGGCUAGUUUCAUAGUGCUGAAUUUAAUUGUCUCAAAAUCUCUCUUUUGUUGCUUGUUAGGUACUACAGAAAAGAUAUUUGAGAGCAAGUUAGAGGUGUAUGAUGUUUAUGUUGAUAACCAGAACAUCAAGUGCAAACCACACUUGAGUUGGAUCGCAAACUUUAAUAAUGCAGACAGGGAUAGGUUAGAAGAACUGGACUCUUUCAGGUGAGUACUAUUAGUAACCAUGCAAAGGAACAAGCCGAUGCAUGGAUUAAUUGAACCGUUCACGUUGGUCUUUUGACUUCAACGAAUAUUGUCGCUUGCGCAUGAUCGGUGUAAACUCAUGGUCACAUGUCUGAAUAUGCUGUGGCUGAAUAGGGGAAAUAUCCGAUGAUUCUCCCCAAAUUGAAAACGCUUUAUUCAACUCUUUGUUUAAAGUCAGUUCAAUAAGGAAGAGGGUUAUGUAGCUGAUCUAGAUGAACAAACGAAGAGCCGAGAGGACAUUGAACACAGUUUUUCUUAAGCUUCACUAUUGGAUAACUGUUCGCUGCUCACAUCUAAUGAUGCCACAGACAAAUAUUCGAUUAUGUUUCCCUACUAAAUGACAACCAUUGUUUACUUAUAAAUGUUCUCUAGUAACUUUAUGAGACGGGCAUAUUUACUCAUUAGUACAAUUUCUGGUCUACAUUCUGUUUUCAAGUUGUGAUAGAAUUGCAGUGGCUUAUUUAAUUUUUUUCUUGGUCUUAUCUAAGCCAUUAAAGGUCAAUCUCUGAUAAUUUGAACUUAGAAAAAUUCACGAUAAACAGAAGUAAAUUAUUUUUCUACCUGUACAUGUUAAGGCAACAACAACUGUACACAGGAGGUGAAGUAACAGACGAUGAAAAAAUGUAUACCAGGUGAGUAAAAAUGUACUUUUUCUAUUAGAAGUUUUCCCCCGUGUUUGUAUUUUGACGAUUGGUGACAGCGUACUUGAUGAUCAGAGCCUGAAAGGCUGAAGUGAAAGCCCUGUAAUGCUUUUUUUCUUUUGGAAAGAAACUCACAAUUAAUUCAAAACGCGACUUUAUUUUUCAUUUCUGCUUUAAGUUUUAUGACACAGCCAUGCAAGCGAGGUGGGCUUUUUCCGGUGUCCCAGCGGAUUUGCACCCCCCAUAGAUUUGGUCUCCCUGGACCUCCAUCAUCGACUCAGGAAAUAUUCUGAGUACCCGUUAGGAAUCGAACCUCAGAGCUUCGGAUUCUGCGCUUCGAUGCUCUACCAUUGAGCCAAAGAAACUCUAUGGUGAGCAAGGCCAUUACGAAGUUCGUAUAUGAUACGUGUCCUGCAUAUUGCAUGGAUCAGCAAUGUCGACAGUGCCAUCUAUGAAUUUCUUAAUGACCUUGCUCGCCGUAGAGUUGCUGUAGCUCAGUGGUUCAGUGAGGUUCGAUUCCUCACUAAGACUCAGAAUUUUUUUCUUUGUCCCAUGCUCGUGACAAGACAAAAAGACAACUUUCGCUAUUUUUUACCCGAGCUCAAAAUUUACUAUCUUACUCUAUGGCUCGUCCUGCAAAGAGCUAACGUCGUUCAUUUCAACCCUAUCCGACUACAUAUGCGUCAGUUUUCAUGGUUGUCUAUACUAAUAGGAUUGCAUGAGCAGGGUCGUAAAGGUCAUUUGACGAAUAGAUCAAAGAUUGACCUGUUCAUGAUUACGAUUAACGAACUGAAGCCUUGAAAAUAUAUCAGGCUUUGACGAGAGUAGAGGCCUUGUGCUCCCGUUAUGAAACAGUAGGUUGGGUGCGAGGCCAAUUUCAAUUUCAAUGGGUUCUUAGUUUCCUUAAAAGGGGAAAAUUAAUUCUUUUGCUGAAGAUUUUAAUGCCUAUCUCUUUCCUCUUAGGUUCUUUGUGAAUUUAAACAAUUCACUUUUCCAGAUGCUUUUCGAGGUCGCGUCUACUCAAGACAGAGUUUUAACACCAGACAUGAUCCGAAGCAUAGGACUUGAUCCAAAGGGAGAUCUUCGUUUUCUGUCGGAUUUGGUGGAACUGUAUGGAAUUAAUGUCUUGAUUCCAGAACCAAAAUGCUGCCCGUUUUACUCACCUCUGUAAUCACAGUUCUGAGCGCAGAACUCUUACUCCUCAGGGGGGUCUGGUGAGAAAACAUCCAGUAGCUGUACGUCACGACAUCGACAGCUUAGAAAAAAUCUUCAGAAGAUGUUCCGCGCGCACUGUUCGCGACAAGAAACAAACGUGCUACGAUUGUCAAAUGCUUGCUUAAAGCAAAAUAUUCAAAUUAUUUCAUAGAUAUUGGAAUUUAUUUCUCAAAUAAUCGUAGUGUUAUCUACCUUCAAAGCCCCAAAAUUAGACUCUUUUAGAUGCGCAUUUCAGGGAUAAAAAUGCAUAGACUCCAUUCUUGAUUCAGGUAUGAAUCGUGAAUAUUUCUUAAUUGCGUACAAUAGUUUUUUGCCCAUCGAGCCGAGUUACAAAUUUCUGUACGCUGUUACACUUUAGUGGUGAAUAAUGGUUUUGGUUACAAAGGACGUACCUCUAAAAUAGAAUUUUCAAGGUCCGCCUAAAGAUAAUUCAUCCCAGUCCAUAGGAAACAAAAAUUUUAGUAUGUCAUGUUUUAGUGGAAAUUUUUGAAAAUUCCAUAUAGAAAGAGACCAUAAAGUUUAUUAACCUUUUAACCCCUGAGAGUGACUGGCUUCUAAGUUCUCCUUUCAGCAUCACCCUUAAAUCAAAUGUUAAGGUCAAGAGAAUUAAGUAAAUGAUCACUAAUUUAAGAAACUCCUGAUUGUUAAACAAAUUCUCCUUGUCAGAACCAUAGCUCUUCCAAGAGUAAAGAAGUAAAUACUAGUGAUUUUGUACAGGUGAAAAAGUAAAAAGAUAUGUGUGGAGUAACAAUACACGAUACGAUAUAAUAUGCACUUCGCCUACUUCACGCUCCCGGUCAGCGGAGUCAAGCGAAAGAGAGGGCAUAUAAAAACGCGAAAGUAUGCCGUUUCUCCUUAUAAUUACUAAGCGUCGUUCGCUUACUGUUUUGCAUUUUCCACUCGGCGAGAGACUGGAACAGGCUAAAUUGCACUAGGAAGUACAAUGCGGACAUAAUGAAAACAAAGGUUUGGCAUCAUGCGUUUAAAUGACAAGUACUGUUUUAUGCGUGAGAAAUAAAAUACACUAAGGCCACAACACAGGAGGUCCCUUAUUUUUACUCACACCAUCCCUUCUUUCCGUUGGCCAAUUAGCACGUUUUACCGAAGACCUUGGGUGAAAAUCUGACAUGGCUAGCAAAAACAAUUAAGGAAGUCAGUGGAAGUGAAGUAAACAAAUGGGCGACCGAAGAGGUUUAUUCAAAUGUCUAAAGUUAAACUUUGAAAACGAUCUAGUAUCUUAGUACGAUUUUCAACAGCUCUUGGCGGCUAUGGGACGUAUCAAUAAUGUCAAAUGAUCAUCCAAUACGCC